CUUUAAAACAUUCCAUGUUAGAGCCAUUUCUGAAUUCUUUCCUCCUGCUCUGUAUUUUUCUGCGGCUGCUGCUACUGGUAUCUUCAUAGUUUCAUAUUUUGGGGCAACUCAACCAUCAUGUCAUCUUUAAAGAAACGAAUAAUCAUUGGCACUAUCACCUCAGCUGUGAUUGUUACCAUAUUAACAGCUAACCCAUCCUUCCGUGUACCGCCAAUAAUCUCUAUCCUCGUCGGCACAACUGCAGCAAGUACCAUAAUAAUAGUUAUCAGUUGGGUUCUUAUUAAAAAAUAUAAGCACCAAAGGAGAAAUAAUCCUGCACAAGUUGCAGAUGAAGGAGAUAGUGCAAUAAACACACAGUUUGUAACAUAUAGGGUGGAUAGAUUUCUGAAUGAUAUUGAAAAAGAGAAGCCAAUCAGGUUCAGCUCAAAACAUCUCAUGCUUGCAACUAACAACUACAACAACAUUCUGGGAUCAGGAGGAUUUGGAGCAGUUUAUAAAGGAGCUCUUAAUGAUGGAACCAUUGUGGCAGUGAAAGUUCUGCAUGCCAUUUCAAACAAGAGAAUAGAGGAACAGUUCAUGGCAGAAGUGGGUACAAUUGGAAGAGUUCAUCAUUUCAAUCUAGUUCGUCUCUUUGGAUUUUGCUUUGAAAAGAAUAUGAGGGCUCUGGUUUAUGAGUACAUGAGUAAUGGCUCUCUUGACAAGUAUUUGCUUGGCGAAAAAAGUCUCUUGGCAUUUGAAAAGCUCCAUGAGAUUGCAGUUGGAACAGCUAAAGGUAUUGCUUACUUGCAUGAAGAAUGCCAACAAAGAAUCAUCCAUUAUGACAUAAAGCCAGAAAACAUCCUAUUAGAUCAAAAUUUCUGUCCUAAGGUUGCUGAUUUUGGUUUAGCCAAGCUUUAUAACAGGGAAAAAUCUCACAUUACAGUGACAGGAUUGAGAGGGACACCUGGUUAUGCUGCACCAGAGCUUUGGAUGCCAUUUCCUAUAACCCACAAAUGCGAUAUUUAUAGUUUUGGAAUGCUGUUAUUUGAAAUCAUAAGUAGGAGAAGGAAUGUUGAUAAGAAAGUCACAGAGAGUGAACAAUGGUUUCCAAAACUAGUUUGGAUAAACUUUGAGUGUGGGAAACUAAAAGAGUUGAUAGCAUUAUGUGGGAUAGAGGAGAAGGAUAAGGAGAUGGCAGAAAGAAUGAUUAAGAUAGCUCUUUGGUGUGUUCAGUAUAAAUCUGAUUUAAGACCCAUGAUGAGUGAUGUGGUGAAAAUGUUGGAGGGUUUGAUAGAUAUUCCUGAAUGCCCUUCAAACCCUUUUCAACACUUAAUGGAUGAUUCAGUUGAUUCAAGCUGGUCUCUUGAAGUAACAAAGUCUCAAAUUGAUGGUACAGCCCCUAUCAUGAGAAAGUGUGAGAUCGAAAUAAACGCUUUAGAUGGAAAUACAUCUUCCCUUUAUUCGGAUUCUUCCCAUGGUUAAGAGUAUAUUAGUUGUUGAAAAUCUUAUUCUACAAUAACUAAUUUGAUCAUGUUGGAUGUAUAAUAUUUUAAAGUUGUUUUGCUGUUGAACUACAAUAAAA